AAUAACACUUAUUAAUUUAGUAAUAAUUUUAAAUCAUAGUUUUAUAAUUGCUUUUUCUUUAUCAGCCUAAUUUUGUACGUUUCGGGACAUCCCUGCUAUUGAUUGUGUCGGGGUUCCCCUCUGACGGGGGUUUCCCUCUGACAACUGCUGGAUCAGGUUGCUGGGUUUCCCGGCGCUCGGUGACGGGGGUUCCGGAGGUCCGUUAAGCUCCGAAUGCCAGGUGUAAUCUAACCUGUCGGAUUAAACAGCGUCCGGAAACUGAACCGACCCGUGAUGAAGUGAACACAGUGUGACCAUUCAGCACCAGGGGAACAGAUCCGGCCUGAGCAAUGAUCCUGAUUGAUGGGCCUUCCAAUUUCCCAGCUGGAAUACCUGAUCAACCACCGUCUGAUUUAAAUAAUAUUAUAAUAAAUAACCUUUACACAUAUACACAUACACACACACUCUUACACACACACAUACAUUCACACACAAUCUCACACAUACACACAGACUCUGGGCUGGUGUGUGUGCAUGUGUGUGUGUGUCCGGCUGUGCCGGGUGAUGAGGUCAGUGGUGCAGGACGUCCUGCAGUACGGGUAUUUAACCCUGCGGGACGGUGCUGAUGGUCAGUUACACUGGGAACACUGGGAGCAUGCUGCUGCUGCUGGUCCUGACCCUGAUCACCCUCUCACUCUCCCACACCGAUUUCUGUUAUGAUGACGGUCAGUGUGAUCCGUACGCGUGGGGAGAUUACUACCCGUCCUGUCACCCACUGCUGGACGCCCAUCAUUCCCCGAUUGAUCUCGGGCAGCAGGAGAUCCGAGAUGGUGGUCUGGACGCACUGGAACUUUCUGGCUUCAACAGCACCCCCACCGGCCGCUGGAGACUCACCAACCAGGGUCACUCAGUGGUGUUGGAGGUGGGUGGUGGUCUGUCGGUGAGUGGUGGAGGUCUUCCUGGAUCGUAUCGGACCGUCCAGCUGCAUUUCCACUGGGGCAGCGCGUCCAGCAAUGGCUCCGAACACACACUCCUCCAGCAGCGGUUCCCUAUGGAGAUGCACAUCAUCAGUGUGAAGUCCACCUACCCAAACCUGACCGCUGCUCUGGACGACCCGACCGGCCUGGCCGUGCUUGCUGUCUUUAUUGAUCUUGUUUAUGUCGACAAUGACAACUUCCUGCAGAUCUCCAGUGCCCUGCCCUUUAUCACCUACAAAGGUCAGGAGAAGUCCAUCCGGCCGUUCCCCCUCCUCACUCUGCUGCCCCACGCCAACCUCUCUCAGUAUUAUCGUUACCAUGGCAGCCUGACCACGCCCCCCUGCUCACAGGCUGUCCUGUGGACCGUGUAUGAGGUGCCCAUCACCAUCUCCUGGCAACAGUUUGAGCUGUUUAUCAGUGGAAUCUACUCCACCCAGGAGGGGGCGGAGCAUGCGGUUCUCCUGCAGAACAACUUCAGGCAUAUUCACCCCGCCUACAGCACCGUCUACGCCUCCAGACACGCCCACCUGCUCUCCAGCACCCCCCAGCAGACCACCCUCACCCUUACCCUCACCCUCACCCUCACCACCCUCAUACCAGCACUCGGCCUGAUUAGCUGACCGGAUCUCAGCGGGGGAGAGGGCAGGGCUGUGAGUGAAGUGGACACGCUUCUUUGGCAGCAGGUGUUUGGGAGGAACUGUGUAUAAUUUACUGUAAAAAAAAAAAAAAUGGAUUCAGAGGGUUUUAUCACCAGCUUGCCCCGCCCUCCUUCACCCACAUCCGCCCAACGUCUGGCAACAGCGCCACCCACUGUUUACUUCUGGUGUUAUUAAGCGUAGUUAAGUUGUUUAUCUGUUUACCCUCUACUGGAGAAACAGGCCGAGACAUAGCAGGUCAAAGGUCAGACCUGGAGCAGAGAACCCCCAGAACAUUCUGCACCCCAAGACUAGAUAUACUUUUAUUCAUUUCAAAAUAAAAGUCUUUUCU